AUGAGCGGAAGUGGUCCAUAUGGGGGGGGUUCGCAACCAGCAGCCAGAGUUUAUCUUCCUUAUCUCAGAGGAUUAAAGUCUUUUAUCGAAAGAAAAAACGUUGAUAAGAAACAAGAUAUGAUUUAUGUAAUGAAUAAACAAAUUGAAAGUGAAGAACUUUGUGAGCGAGUAACUAGUCAUCAAUAUCAAUACCAAGUUGAACAGCGAAGUUAUGAAGAAAGAGAAAAUAUAAAGGAGUUAUACAUUAAUGAAGAGGAUUUAGAAGGAGAAUUAGAUUUAUCGGAUUUCACUAAAUUAGAAAAGAUUUUUAUUUCUUAUUAUGUAGACAAAAACAAAUUAGAAAUAGAGGAUGAAGAAAAAUAUAGUAAAAAAAAAGAUAGUGAAAAAUUCAUUAUUUCUAAAAAUAUCAAAUUACUUGAUGGACCUAAUGCUGAACUUUAUAUGCUAUAUAGUCAUGUCCUUAAAAAUGAGUUGCCUAAAUACAUUGAGAAAGUGAAGGAGGAAAUGGGAACUAGAUUUAUUAGGUUUAAUCAAAAAUUUAAAGAAGAGAAAGGCGAAAGUUUUGGUGAUUAUGUAGUUAAGAAAAUUGCCAACUCAGAUGACUUUUAUUUAAGUCCUGAUCGAGUGUGGAGGGAAAUAAAAGAUACUAAAAAGGAAAUUCAAGGAAAAACUUUAGACAUAGCUCCGACUAUACCAUUGGUUCUACAAGGUGAAAAUAAAAAAAAGAAUAAUGAUGGAAAAAAAGAUAUGGUUAAUUAUAUGAAACCAAGCAUCAAAAAACCAUCUCCCCUUAAAUUAAACACUUUUAACAAAACGGAAAAAACUGGCAAAGAAUUGGGCGAGAGUGAACUCCCCACUAGCACUGAAAAUAAAAGAUUUUUCGCUAACAACUCCAAACGCAUGAGAGCAUUAUCGGAUCUCACGAUUGUUGAGGAAGUAGAGGAGGAACCAAUUACAUCAGCAGAGGAGCAAAAAUCUAGUUCGACCACCCCCAGCCCUGAAAAUAAUCCACAAAAACUAAAAAAAGAGCAAAAUAAAUCUUUCCAAAUAAGUGAUAUUACUCGCUCAGUUACCGAAUUAGGACGACGACCAACCCCCGAGGAAGUAGAAAAGGCUUUAUUAGCCGCCGCCGAAGGAAAGAAUAACCAUUCAACUCUCAUAAUUAAUGACUGUCGCAAUAAAAUCGAAGAAUUGCAAAACAAUCUCAAUCAACUAGACGACAAAUUUCGCCAAUCCCAAGCAAAUCACCAAGAACAAAUAGCGAAAAACGGGGAAUUAGCCCAAGAAAACGAGAAUUUACAAAAUGAAUUAGAGGAAGGAUUAACCGACAAAAAACAAAAAGCCACCCAAAAGAUUAGAGAGUUAGUUCAAGAACAAAGAAACCAUAAAUGCCCCGUUCUGGAUAAUAGCGAACUAGCAGCAACCAAAACCGACCGCGAUAAAUUGCGAAAGAGAGAAAAAGCCCAAAAUGAAAAAAUUAUUUCGCUCGAAGAAGAAUUAACCGAAGCCGAAAGGAAACUAAAAAAUGAAGAACAAUGA